AUGGAGAAGGUGGGAAAUCAAGAAGAUUUAAAGCAUGUGUGUAAGCUCUGCUCUAGGAAGUUUCGUUGUGGAAAAUCUUUAGGAGGUCAUAUGAGAUCUCAUGUUAUGGCGGCUAAAGCCCAUAUAAAAAAAUCUAAAAAAGUUGUUAACUUUGUUGUUAAAUAUAACAAUGAAGAAAAUCAAGAUGAUAAUGGUGUGGAACUUUAUAGAGAUACACCAAAACAACAAGAAGGAGAUGAUAGUUCUUUGCUAAAUAAUAGCAAAGAACUGUUAAAUAUAGCAAUGGAAGUUCAGUCUGAUACUGAUUACAUUAAUUCGGAACCACAAACAAGCUCUUCUUUGUUAAGUCAUAGGCCUAUUUUUAAUGGUGAUUCUUUAUCUGCUACUGAAAAUGGUGAUGGGUCUUCCUCAGUUCAUCCUGAAAUUGAUAAGGAAAUGAAAAAGGUUGCUAAGUGGUUAGUGGAGCUUUCUAGGGACUCUUUUAAUCUUGUUGCUGAAUCAUCAGAUUCCAACGGUUCACAAAAUAAGACGGCUACAACAGCAAGUAACAAAACUAAAAUUUUUAAUAGCAAAUCAAGGAAAGCAAAGGGUCAUAAAUGUCCUUUUUGUAAUAGAGUUUUUAGGUCGGGUCAAGCAUUAGGGGGUCACAAGAGAUCACAUUUAAUGAGAGGAGGCAGAGUGGGGACAAUUGACAAAGAGAGGGAGCAAACCCCACAACCACUGGAACCUCAACCGCAGCCGCAACCAUCACCGCUGCAGCAGCAGCCACAGCAACAGCAGCGGCAGCCUCUUUUGAUUGAUCUCAACCUUCCAUGUACAAUGGAGGAAUAA